ACGGUCCGCCCAGCGGGCGGGGGCAGUCUGCAGCGCGCCUCAACCUCCGAGCAGGUUGUAAGAAACGACGUAUGUAUGAUUGGGUUUCGUCGCACAUAUGGUCGCCAGACUGCGGCUAUAAGACACUAGUGUGAUCUGUGCAAUUAGCCUGCUAGCCGCCUACCGGCAGAUUUUCGGCACGCGCAGUCGUACGUGAGGUUGCGGAGGUACGCGACCGUGUGUGCCUUCAUCAGUUAUAUACGUCUGUCUGUUUCGUUCUCUAUUGCGCUCUCUCGCUCUAUCGCUGUCUAUCUCUUGCCUGUACACGCACUCGCUCUCUUUACUUCGAUCUCGACAAAUCAAGCACAGCCGAGUUGGUGAGAGACGGUGACAGCUGUUGUGCUUUGCUUCUCGUGUGGCGUUUACUAUUGGCACUGUUAGCCGUUACACCCGACGUUACGGUGGUUCUACGACGAAGUGACAAGGGAGACGGAGAGUGGCACGGCUGUGGAUGGUAAGGCGAUAUCGAGUCUACUACUUCUCAGCGCUACGGUUGCUUAAUUAUAUCAGUCUUCUUAACAUUCAAAUCCCGUCUGAGUGAAGCGGAAACGUGCGUAAAAUUGGAUGCGAUGCCUGCCGCUGCGUGAGGAAAAAUCGAAGAGCAUCUCCAUCGACUAACUGAUUGUUGGAAGUAAGAGAGAGAGAGAGAGAGAGAGAGAGAGAGAGAGAGAGAGAGAGAGAGAGAGAGAGAGAGAGAGAGAGAGAGAGGGGGGGAGAGAGAGAGCGGCGGGGGAAAAACUGCCAUAGCCGCGAGAAUACUCGGGUCGUUUCCCUCUGAAAAUACCACGUCGUGGUUUACGAUAAACGUUUAACGAGCGCAGUGGUCGACUCGACUUGUGUAUAAGAAGCCGUGUGAAGAAUAACAUUAGACGAUCAACUCGUGCGUUGAUAUCCACGUGAAGAACCUUAGACUGGCGCGCUGAACUAUCUGUCGCUGUUUUUCACCGCGGUGAUUGCACGCGUCAGAUAGGCUAACGCCCAUCUAUCGGGCAGCCAUUGUACACCGAUAGUUUUCUUCGCCUUCAUUCACAGUCCGUCGACUUUAGAGCGAAAGGUAUCACGAAGUGAACGCGGCUUCGGCAUUGAGACGACUCGUUAUCAAAAUCUGAAGCUGCUCCAAGUUGAAUAUCUCUAGUGAAUAACAGCGAGGAGUAGCGCCGUAAAAGGCGGUCAAUGCACCGUCCUGAAAUUAGUAGACACAUAAGCCGACAGCGCUGCUCGUCUACGACCGAUCGCGUUGCACGCAGAGCUGGGAGACUCGCAGACGUGGCGGGCCAGUGCGAUCCUAAUACGAUGGCAAUGGUGCAGGGCGAGAAGGGGCUAGAUGCCUGGUCGCAGCCCCAGUGGAUAUAUCCAGGACAGGCCGGAUGGCACAUGGUACCUGCUCAGAUGAAUCCAGCGCUCUAUCAACAGUAUGCUCAGAACGGGGAGGAGCCGACGGGGCCCGGUGCUGCCGUGUACGCCCAGCCAGCGCCGCAACCUUACCCGCAGGUGUCGACGGCCGACUCGCUCAAGGAGCAACAGGUGGUCGUGCAGAGCGCCGCCACGUGCUCCAUAGCAAACGGCGUCGAGCAGCAGACGACAGAUAUAGAUAAUGAGGCAGCUAAAGCAGCAGGAAUGUUAGACAACUCGGGACCUAAAAGGUUGCACGUUUCCAACAUACCGUUCAGAUUCCGAGACCAAGACCUUCGACAGAUGUUUGCGUUCGGUCCUAUAUUAGACGUCGAAAUCAUCUUCAAUGAACGAGGCUCAAAGGGAUUCGGUUUUGUCACGUUCCAAAACCCGACUGAUGCAGAUCGGGCGAGGGAAAAGCUCAACGGCACCAUAGUAGAGGGACGCAAAAUCGAGGUUAACAAUGCCACUGCUAGGGUUCAAACAAAAAAGAAUGCUGCUGCUUUAGCCAAUGUAGCGGCAUUGCGAGGAGCAGCGCUCACCAGGGGGCGUGUCGCUGCUGCUGCGGCAGCUGCGCGAGGGUACACUGCCGCGGCCGCCCUUCGACACCCCACACCAAUGCCUACAGGGCCACCCUCGCUACCCCAGUAUGCGCCUGCAAUAUACCAGGAUCCGUUCCUAGCCGCGUACGCGGAACGAUAUCAAUUACCGGUUCCUGCUGCCAAACAUCCUGUUGUGUCACUUGGGGAGCUAGGUUUAACUACUGGCAAGGCAUUGUUGCCCGGGGAGGCUGUGUUUUCACAGGCUGGGUAUCCAGCUGGAUAUGUGACCAGACCCUACCCGGGAUCCGGAGUGAUGGCUAAUGCUAGUGCUCAGCCCAUGCAGACCGUAGCCGGAGCAUAUACUGUCGGGUAUGGCAGAGAGUACAUGGAUCCGUAUCUAGCGGCGGCAGCGGCCGGACACAGUAUAGGACCGGUGGCUGGCUACGGGGCGGCAGUCUACAGAGGGAUGUAUAAUAGGUUCUCACCGUACUAGACAGUGCUGAGCUGCUAUAGAUCGCAACAGAUGCAGUGUCAAUGUUGCAAGGAAUAUGCGCAACCAACAACAGCAGUACAACGACUGGCUCUACCCCAGGUGAUAGACGGACGAGCAACUCUGCAGCAAGAAGGCGGGAAUGAAGCACAGACGGUCGGUCACGCGACCGGUCAAGAUAAUACCUGGUUACGGACAUCAUGUCAGUGUUGUAUUUCGGUGGGGUUCCCGCAACAACUUACGCAUACAUACGGCGAAAUACAACAACAGUCCAUCGGUAAACGUCGGGCGCAUGCGCAUGUACGGUGUUCGUUUCAUCUCCAAAUGCUGUCUAAUGCAUACAAGGCGAACAGAAGGAUAACUUGCGAUAAGGAUAAGCGACCGUAGGCUUCCAUUCCCAGUAAACAAAAAGCCGCCAAAGAAGAAACCCCUGCCUUGCCAAAUAUUUGAUGGAGGCUGCUAAAUGUAUUUCUUUAUCAAACAGUUUUUGUAAUUAUUUAUUAUUGAUUUUUUUUCUCUCUCACGAUUUGUGGAAUGUAAUGGGCUUAUUUCGAAAGAAAAACCGUUAACUACUUUAAGUGAUAGGAAUCUGGUAGCGUAAGUAAUCAAGCACUUUCUUCUAGGAUUAACAUCUCUGACCACAAGUCUGGAUAUUUUAGUACCUAGCUUAGCGUUUAAAAGAUUUCGGCAUAUAUGUUAUUUCAAGAUGCCAUCAUCUUCUCAUUUCCAUAAUUCUAUUGAACUAUUUAUAAACCCAUAGCUCUCCGACAAAAAACAUCCCCGUGUUUAUAUCAUGACUGCUGAAUUUGUCCUCGUUAAUAAAAAACCAGCCAGACACCAAACUACGUAACUUAUAUGCAUAGGUUUAUGCAGCUACAGAUCUCUUUCUACCAAUCUUCUCUUCUCCCUUUCGUCUAACGGCAGCUUUUGUGGUCGUAUCAUGAGCUCUUCGUUUCGUUUUGGAUAUCCGCGACAGAAUGCAGAAUUUGUUCGCAGUUUUUCAUCAAUGUGCUAAUCGCUAGUACCAAGCGUCGAGAUUCGGAAUCCGGCACCGCUCACCUUUGAAACAAUUCCCAUAUUUUAUUGGGCGUGAGGCUGUUCAUCUUGAUAUCAGGAGUCUAUCUAUAUUGAUAGACUCCUGUUGAUAUCGCUAUCACGCUGGAAACUAAAUGGACGAAUUAUGAGGCUGGGUUGCCAGGUGUUGCAUGCUGUCAUACAAUCUCUUACGCUAUCACUAGAUAUCGUCAAACUUUCUAGCCCAGCAGAAUAUAACGAUGGCGGGAGAAAACGGUUGGUACGUGGCAGAUUUGUUGGGCAAUAACGUUGCCAAAUGGUAUAAACUAUACAGUUUUAAUGAAAAUUUUCUUAAGCAAUGGAAUCUCAUGUAGGUUAUUUUUAAACUGUACAAUUGUAAAUAGCCUAUGUCAGGUAUUUAUUAAUUUUAGUUAUUAUUAAACUAGUAUAAUGUAUUAAGUUAUUUGUUUGUAGUUAAGAAUUAUUGCACAUAUUUGGUGCGAUUAGAAUAACCAAAGACCUUAUACUGCCGCGAAUCUGGUGUUAUGACGAUUAAAAGUAAAUUGUUUCACAGCAUCGGAUUACGUAACUACGAUAUUAAUAGAUUUCUCUUCUGAACUUGUAACAGCGUUCAUUACAACGACUAAUUGCAAGAUAUAUAGAACCGUGUAACUGUUAUACGUUCAACAUAUUUGUAUGGUUAAACAUACAAACCACAACUUCUAGUCUCUAUGGGUCGCACAGUAAUUACCAGAUACUGGUCGUAUACGCAUAUUAUCGUGGGGCCAGGGAUAGCAAUACAUUACGAAUGCUACACGUGCUGAAACGGUGGGGUAACUCAAUAUUUUAUAAAAGAUGGGCCCUCAAUUGAAUGUACGGGGAGGAGUCUCAAAAUGAGAUUGGUAUGAAAAAUGCCCUGCUCUCUUUUAAGUGGGUUUGUGUUAGGCAGUUGUCAACGAGUAUUUAAUGUAAUUUAUUGUUUGUCGUACACUGUACGUUGUCGUUUAUUACGUAAAGCGGUUUUGCGGUUGCGGCUAAAAUGUUAGGCGUUUGAACAAGAUUUAGGAUGUCAAGUGGCGCCAUCGUGGGGGCAAAAUAGAGGUACAAAAAGACCACUGUUAGUGCAGCCGUAAGGUAGCUAGAUGACUGCUGAGUACAGGCCAAUAAUAUUCUACAUGCAGGAGUUUGAAUGGGAAUUUCUGACAUGCAGCGUUAUACAGCACGGUUAUUUUGUAGAUUCAAGUUUCGUCAGGAAAAUUUAGUAAAUUAAAUAAAGUUGUAUUUGCAAAUAUCUUUUGGAGAGUGAAGGAUUGUGAUGCACGCAUAAUGUUCGCAUUAUUUAAUAAAGUUUUAGAAAAAAUAUCAA